AUGGAUUUACAGAACAGUACCGGACGGAAAACAGACGUUGAGUUUGAAGAUGCUCGAUCAGUCGGAAAACCCCCGACCCCACCCCGGGAGCGGGAGCUGCGAACACGAGCCAGUGAUGAAGGGCUUUAUAUUCCGGAGGUUGAAGCAUCAUCUACACCUGUGGUUGGAAUGCAAUUUAGUUCUGUCGAACAAGCAUACGUGUUUUACCAAACAUAUGCUAAGUUAGCUGAGGGACAUAAGCCAUUGUUUAUUGACGAUGCUCAUUCGAAGUCAAGAAAGCCAUACAAAACAAGGAAUAGAGGAACCAUCAGAACUGGGUACAAAGCUCAACUUAUGAUUUGUUCGGUGGAUGAGAGUUCAUUUACAGUCAAGAAAUUUGUUGAUGGUCAUAAUCAUAAGUUUGUAUGUCCACAAGAUAUUCAUAUGCUGCCAACCUACAAGAAAUUGUCAGAAGUCCAAGAGGAAAUGAUAUGGGAACUAGGUACUCUAAACCUUGGCCCUGUCAAAGCUUUUCAUAUAAUGAGAAAGCGAUAUGGUGGUUUUGAGAAAGUUGGCACCACGGUCGAUGAUUGCAAAAACUUUAGAACUCGAAGUAAUAGCUAUAUAGGAGAAUAUGACGCUGACAUGGUGAUCAAUAGGCUGACUGAUAAAAAAGAAUAUUUAGUUGAUUUUUCUUUUGAAUAUUCUGUUGAUGAGGACAAACGUCUAACUAGUUUGUUCUGGGUCGUUUGGUUAUGCAAGCGUAACUUUAUGGAGUUCGGGGAUGUGAUAUCAUUUGAUGCUACUUUCAAAACAAACAAGUAUAAGAUGGUGUUUAUUCGCUUCACUGGGAUUGACAACCACUGUCGAAAUGUAACCCUUGGAGCUGGGUUGCUGGUAUCGGAGAGCACUGAGUCUUAUAAAUGGCUUCUCAAUUCCCUUGUAAAUUCAUUUGGACGUCAGCCGAAGGUUGUAGUGACAGACCAAGAACCUGCGAUGAAACAGGCUAUCGAGGGUGUUUUUACUACCAGCAGACACAGAUUGUGCAUGUGGCAUAUAAUGAAAAAAAUGGCAGAUAAGGUUGGACACGAGUUGUGCAAUAAUGAGGAGUUUAAAAGGAAGAUGUGCGAUAUUAUAUGGAGUGAUUCCAUUGAGCCAGGAGUAUUUGAGAGACAGUGGAAAUUGGUAAUGAUUGACUUCGAGUUUAUGAAUCAUUUUGACGGUUCAAUGGAUGUCCAAAGGUUCAAUCAUAGAAAGAAUGAUCAUAUUUCAAGAUAUACUGAGCUUGUUGAUUGGAGAAAAACUACUCUGGAAGCGGAUGCUGCUAAGAUAUACACCAGGUCUAUAUUCUUUGAUCAACAGACAGAGAUAUACAGAACUAUUAGUGAAUGUCUGCCGAUGGACACCAAAAUCGAGGGUGACCAGUGUGUUUCAAGAAAUUUGAACAGUACGGGUUGCUAUGUAAACACAUCUGUUUUCUUUUCAAGAUGCGAUGCAAAGGAUGAGCAAUACAAGGCUAAACAGAUUGCUCAUGAAAUCAUGUAUACAGGGGAGUAUCUGGUUAGCAAUUUGAUUACUGAUCUUGAUCAACUCAUUCUAGUCAGGGAUCAAAUGAAGGAGAUUAAAGAAAAAGUGGACUAG